UUCCUUCAUCGCCGAGGAGAGAUUAACAGAAAAUAGCUGCACCCUCCCUCCGUCCUAUUUGUCGGUCUCUCAUUGCUCUUUGUGCCUGCCCUCCUCUCUCUUUUUCUUCAUCUAUUCCUUCUCCAAUUAAAAUUCCCGUGUAUUACGUUUCUUACUUAUCUAUCCCGAUUCUCGUAGAAUUCCCAGUAGAUUGCAACUCUUCUUCCUAAUUAUUAUUGAUUUAUAAAUAAAUAUAUAAAUAUAAAAAUUGUAUCAUUCAUGUUAAUCUUCUUAUAACAACUUCUCAAUCUCGAUCCCUACUUCUCAGAUCAUCAAUUCAACGACACCUUUUUCACCAAUCUUCUUGCUGAGUUUGGUAAAAUCCAAAGACCUCCGGAAAUCGUUCAUAGAUCCGAAGAAAAGCCAGAUUUGGAUUUUCGAUAAUGUCGGUAGGUUCGACUUCUGCUAUUAAUCAUACUCCAAACAACUCAGUGACACUUUCUUUCGUUAAGCCUGUGAAUCAUCAGUUGAAUAUUGUGCCUCUCAGUCGAGUUGGUGUAUCCAGAGCAUACUCUCUUGCCUCUUCUUCCUCUUCUCUUGCUAGAAGAUCGAAAGUUGUUUUGCAGAAUAAAUUCUAUGGAACACGACUACAAACAUCUGGUAGUGAAAGACUUAAUGUUCGGCAAUCGAAUCCAAGAGUGGUGGUGCGAUCGGCAUUGUCGCAAGUGCCCGAAAAGCCUCUCGGUCUCUACGAUCCAUCGUUUGAUAAGGAUUCGUGCGGGGUUGGAUUCGUCGCUGAAUUAUCCGGAGAAAGCAGUCGAAAAACGGUGACAGAUGCGGUGGAGAUGUUGGUGCGGAUGUCACACAGAGGUGCUUGUGGUUGUGAGACGAACACUGGUGAUGGAGCUGGCAUUCUCGUCGCUCUUCCUCACGAGUUCUACAGGGAGGUCGCCAAAGAUGAAGGUUUUGAGCUACCACAGCCAGGGGAAUACGCUGUGGGAAUGUUCUUCUUGCCCACAGCUGAAAAACGAAGGGCACAUAGCAAAAACGUAUUUACAAAGGUUGCGGAAUCACUUGGGCAUACUGUUCUUGGCUGGCGUUCUGUCCCAACAGAUAACUCUGGAUUGGGUAAUUCUGCUUUGCAAACAGAACCUGUUAUUGAACAAGUGUUUCUUACACCAAAUCCCAGGUCAAAAGCUAAUUUCGAGCAACAGUUAUAUAUAUUAAGGAGGCUUUCAAUGGUAGCAAUCCGAGCUGCUUUGAGCCUUCAACAUGGCGGAGUUAAAGACUUCUAUAUUUGUUCUCUCUCAUCAAGGACUGUCGUCUACAAAGGUCAGUUAAAGCCCGACCAAUUGAAGGAAUACUAUUAUGCAGAUCUUGGCAAUGAAAGGUUUACGAGCUACAUGGCCCUGAUACACUCGAGAUUCUCAACAAACACAUUUCCUAGCUGGGAUCGUGCUCAGCCUAUGCGUGUCUUAGGCCAUAAUGGGGAAAUUAACACACUUCGGGGCAACGUAAAUUGGAUGACGGCACGUGAGGGUCUUCUGAAGUGCAAGGAGCUUGGUCUGUCAAAGGAUGAGAUGAAGAAGCUUCUACCCAUUGUAGAUGCCAGUUCAUCUGACUCAGGUGCUUUCGAUGGUGUUCUUGAGCUUUUAGUUCGAGCUGGUAGAAGUCUUCCUGAAGCGAUCAUGAUGAUGAUUCCUGAAGCCUGGCAGAAUGAUAAGAAUAUGGAUCCUCAUCGGAAAGCCUUUUAUGAAUACUUUUCAGCCCUCAUGGAACCAUGGGAUGGGCCUGCUCUGAUAUCAUUUACUGAUGGUCGCUAUCUUGGAGCUACACUGGACCGAAAUGGAUUACGUCCAGGUCGAUUUUAUGUCACACACAGUGGACGAGUUAUAAUGGCAAGCGAAGUUGGUGUAGUUGAUAUUCCACCUGAGGAUGUGUGUAGGAAAGGAAGACUUAAUCCUGGCAUGAUGCUUCUCGUGGAUUUUGAUAAGCAUGUCGUUGUAGAUGAUGAAGAACUGAAGCAACAGUAUUCGCUUGCAAGACCUUAUGGAGAGUGGCUUCAAAGACAAAAGAUAGAGCUAAGAGACAUAAUAGAAUCUGUUAGUGAAUCUGAAAGGGUUCCUCCAGCUAUAGCAGGAGUUGUGCCAGCAUCUAAUGAUGAUGACAACAUGGAAAAUAUGGGCAUUCAUGGAUUGUUGGCUCCAUUAAAGGCUUUUGGUUACACUGUUGAAUCCUUGGAGAUGCUACUACUACCAAUGGCAAAGGAUGGUAUUGAGGCCCUUGGUUCAAUGGGAAACGAUGCUCCAUUGGCUGUGAUGUCAAACAGAGAGAAACUCACAUUUGAGUAUUUCAAGCAGAUGUUUGCUCAGGUUACAAACCCUCCUAUUGAUCCUAUCCGGGAGAAGAUAGUCACGUCCAUGGAGUGCAUGAUUGGUCCAGAAGGUGAUCUUACUGAGACCACUGAAGAACAAUGUCAUCGCCUCUCACUGAAAGGUCCCCUUUUAUCCAUUGAACAAAUGGAAGCAAUUAAAAAGAUGAACUAUAGAGGCUGGCGCAGCAAAAUUCUUGAUAUAACAUAUUCUAAGGACCGUGGUAGGAAGGGUUUGGAGGAGACCCUGGAUAGGAUCUGUUCUGAAGCGCAUGAUGCAAUUAACGAAGGUUAUACGACACUGGUGCUUUCUGACAGAGCAUUUUCAUCAAAGCGUGUUGCUGUAAGCUCCCUUUUGGCUGUUGGUGCUGUCCAUCAUCAUCUAGUUAAAAAUCUUGAAAGGACUCAAAUUGGGUUAGUUGUUGAAUCUGCUGAGCCUCGCGAAGUGCACCAUUUUUGUACACUGGUUGGAUUUGGUGCCGAUGCUAUAUGCCCUUAUUUGGCCAUAGAUGCCAUUUGGAGACUGCAGGUUGAUGGAAAGAUUCCACCCAAAGCAAGUGGUGAGUUCCACUCAAAAGAUGAGCUUGUCAAAAAGUACUUCAAAGCAAGCCACUAUGGAAUGAUGAAGGUUCUUGCCAAGAUGGGGAUAUCUACUUUGGCCUCGUACAAGGGUGCUCAGAUUUUUGAAGCAGUGGGCCUUUCAUCCGAAGUGAUGGAGAGGUGCUUUGCUGGAACUCCGAGCAGAGUUGAGGGGUCAACAUUUGAAGUGCUUGCCAGUGAUGCCCUUCAGUUGCAUGAGCUGGCAUUUCCUACACGGGGCUUCCCUCCUGGAAGUGCAGAGGCUAUAUCAUUGCCCAAUCCUGGUGAUUAUCACUGGAGGAAAGGUGGCGAGGUCCACCUGAACGACCCCCUUGCUAUAGCUAAGCUGCAAGAGGCUACCAGAGGGAAUAGUGUUGCUGCCUAUAAAGAAUACUCAAAGCGCAUACAUGAGUUAAAUAAAAACUGCAAUUUGCGGGGACUAUUAAAAUUUAAAGAGGCAGACGUGAAGGUUCCUCUAGAUGAAGUGGAACCAGCCAGUGAGAUUGUAAAACGGUUUUGUACUGGGGCCAUGAGUUAUGGAUCAAUAUCCUUGGAGGCACACACCACCCUUGCCAUUGCUAUGAACACAAUUGGGGGAAAGUCAAACACAGGUGAGGGAGGUGAGAACCCAUCCCGUAUGGAACCUCUUCCAGAUGGUUCAAGGAAUCCAAAAAGGAGUGCAAUUAAGCAGGUUGCAAGUGGAAGAUUCGGUGUUUCAAGUUAUUACCUUACUAAUGCUGAUGAGCUACAGAUAAAAAUGGCUCAGGGGGCCAAGCCUGGUGAAGGUGGUGAACUUCCUGGCCACAAGGUUAUUGGAGACAUUGCUGUCACUAGGAAUUCUACUGCUGGGGUGGGACUAAUCAGCCCACCUCCACAUCAUGAUAUUUAUUCAAUUGAAGAUCUGGCUCAAUUGAUUCACGAUCUUAAGAAUGCCAAUCCAGGGGCUCGAAUUAGUGUGAAGUUGGUGUCUGAAGCUGGUGUGGGAGUAAUUGCUAGUGGGGUUGUGAAGGGUCAUGCUGAUCAUGUCUUGAUCUCUGGUCAUGAUGGAGGUACAGGUGCCUCCCGAUGGACUGGCAUCAAGAGUGCUGGCCUCCCAUGGGAACUUGGUCUUGCCGAAACUCAUCAAACUCUAGUUGCUAAUGACCUUCGUGGCCGAACAGUUCUCCAGACAGAUGGCCAACUGAAAACUGGCAGAGAUGUGGCCAUUGCUGCACUACUUGGUGCAGAGGAGUUUGGUUUCAGCACAGCUCCACUCAUUACGCUCGGAUGCAUCAUGAUGCGGAAGUGCCACAAAAACACUUGUCCAGUUGGCAUUGCUACCCAAGAUCCAGUGCUUCGAGAGAAGUUUGCUGGAGAACCUGAACAUGUGAUAAACUUUUUCUUCAUGCUGGCAGAGGAGGUUAGAGAAAUCAUGUCUCAGCUUGGGUUUCGGACAAUCAAUGAAAUGGUUGGUCGAUCAGAUAUGCUCGAACUGGAUAAAGAAGUGACAAAGACCAAUGAAAAGCUAAAUAAUAUUGAUCUCUCCCUAUUACUCAGGCCUGCUGCUGACAUCCGGCCAGAAGCUGCCCAGUAUUGUGUACAGAAACAAGAUCAUGGUUUGGACAUGGCUUUGGAUAAUGAACUUAUAACUCUGUCCAAAGCUGCUUUAGAAAAAGGUCUUCCUGUGUACAUCGAAACACCAAUUUGCAAUAUAAAUCGUGCCGUUGGAACAAUGCUUAGCCAUGAAGUGACAAAGCGUUAUCACAUGGUGGGACUUCCAGCUGAUACCAUCCAUAUCAAGCUCCAUGGAAGUGCGGGCCAGAGCCUUGGUGCUUUUCUCUGCCCUGGCAUCACACUGGAGCUUGAAGGUGAUAGCAAUGACUACGUUGGUAAAGGACUAUCAGGUGGCAAGAUUGUUGUUUAUCCUCCAAAAGGAAGCAGAUUUGAUCCAAAGGAAAACAUUGUGAUCGGUAACGUGGCUCUCUAUGGAGCAACUGUUGGGGAGGCAUAUUUUAAUGGAAUGGCAGCAGAAAGAUUUUGUGUCCGUAAUUCUGGGGUUAAAGCAGUUGUAGAAGGUGUUGGUGAUCAUGGAUGCGAGUACAUGACUGGUGGGACUGUUGUUGUGCUUGGAAAAACUGGGAGGAAUUUUGCUGCUGGCAUGAGUGGUGGCAUUGCGUAUGUUCUUGAUGUGGACGCCAAGUUUCAUUUGCGAUGCAAUCAUGAGCUGGUAGAUCUUGAUAGAGUUGAAGAAGAAGAGGAUAUUAUGACACUGAGAAUGAUGAUACAGCAACAUCAGCGUCACACAAACAGCCAACUAGCCAAGGAAGUGCUUGCUGAUUUUGAUAAUCUUUUGCCCAAAUUUGUUAAGGUCUUCCCUAGGGAUUAUAAGCGGAUUCUUGCAAGAAAAAAAGAAGGGGAAAUUUCAAAGGCAGCAGGGGCUGCUGAAGAAGCUGAUGAGCAAGAAGACGGAGAAGUGAUGGAGAAAGAUGCUUUUGAAGAGCUUAAGAAGUUGGCAGCUUUGUCCUUGAAUGAGAAAGGCAAUGAGAAAGUUGAAGAGGCUGAACUGUUGAAAAGGCCAUCUCGAGUUCCAGAUGCUAUAAAAAAUAGGGGAUUUAUUGUUUAUGAGCGUGAAAGCAUCUCGUACAGGGAUCCCAAUGUUCGGAUGAAUGAUUGGAAUGAGGUCAUGGAAAAAGCCAAGCCCAGCGCACUUCUAAAGACACAAUCUGCUCGCUGUAUGGACUGUGGUACUCCUUUCUGCCAUCAGGAGAAUUCGGGAUGUCCUCUGGGCAAUAAAAUACCUGAAUUCAACGAGUUAGUGUACCAAAAUAGAUGGCGUGAAGCAUUAGAUCGGCUUCUAGAGACUAAUAACUUCCCAGAGUUUACUGGUCGGGUGUGCCCUGCACCUUGUGAGGGUUCUUGCGUUCUUGGUAUUAUUGAAAAUCCUGUAUCUAUAAAAAGCAUUGAAUGCUCUAUCAUAGAUAAAGCUUUUGAGGAAGGAUGGAUGGUUCCACGACCUCCCCUCAGAAGGACCGGGAAAAGAGUUGCUGUAGUUGGGAGUGGACCUGCUGGCUUGGCUGCUGCUGAUCAGUUGAAUAGAAUGGGUCAUUUCGUGACUGUGUUUGAGCGUGCCGAUCGUAUUGGGGGCCUUAUGAUGUACGGAGUUCCUAACAUGAAGGCUGAUAAAGUUGAUAUAGUUCAACGACGGGUUGACCUUAUGGCAAAGGAGGGAAUCAAUUUUGUGGUUAAUGCCAAUGUUGGAAAAGAUCCCUUGUAUUGCCUAGAUUGGCUUCAAAAGGAAAACGAUGCAAUUGUUUUAGCUGUAGGUGCCACAAAACCAAGGGACCUACCUGUACCUGGACGGGAGCUAUCAGGGGUCCAUUUUGCUAUGGAGUUUCUUCACGCAAAUACCAAAAGUUUGCUUGAUAGCAAUCUCGAGGAUGGUAAAUACAUAUCUGCCAAGGGUAAGAAGGUAGUGGUAAUUGGUGGAGGUGACACUGGUACAGAUUGCAUAGGAACAUCUAUCCGCCAUGGUUGCAGUAGCAUUGUAAAUUUGGAGCUUCUCCCUGAGCCGCCUCUAACCAGGGCUCCAGGCAACCCUUGGCCUCAGUGGCCUCGCAUAUUCCGUGUAGAUUAUGGGCACCAGGAAGCUGCUUCCAAGUUUGGCAAAGACCCAAGGUCUUAUGAGGUAUUGACUAAGCGGUUUGUGGGAGAUGAAAAUGGGAAUGUGAAAGGACUUGAGGUGGUACGUGUCAAAUGGGAGAAGGAUGCUGGUGGCAAGUUCCAAUUUAAGGAAAUUGAAGGCAGUGAGGAGAUGAUUGAGGCAGACCUGGUCCUACUGGCUAUGGGCUUCCUUGGUCCUGAGUCGACACUACCAGAGAAACUGGGCUUGGAGAGAGACAAUAGAUCAAACUUCAAGGCAGACUAUGGCCGCUUCUCAACCAAUGUGGAAGGUGUGUUUGCAGCGGGGGAUUGUCGGCGUGGCCAGUCUCUGGUAGUUUGGGCCAUCUCAGAAGGUCGGCAAGCUGCUUCACAAGUUGACAAGUUUCUCAUGAGGGAAGAAAAAGACGGAACCAUUGAUCUCAAAUGGCAGCAAGAUAGCAACAAACAAACAGUAAUGACGUAGUUAGCUUUGUUUUUGCUUCCUUAUAUAGGGCCAGAUACGAACAGCUAGAGCAUUUAUACUUGUAGAGAGCUGCUUCGAGUUCAAUUAUCUCGUGGGUGGCCUAAGUGAGAUGCCCCAGAUCAAGCACACAGAAGUGUUUGUGAAGGAUGGAUAUAAGAGAAUCCGAAAAGAUGACAACAAAGUGGCAUUUGUGGAGUUGGGUAUUGAGUCCUUAGAAUUUCUUGAAUGAUGUUUCUAUAUUAUUAUUAUUAUUAUUUUUUGUUUUGUUUUGUUUUGUUUUGUUUAUAGCCUCGCCUCUGUUUGUUUGAAAUGUGGCUCCAUGUGCCGAAAAAAAAUUGAAUAAUGUACAGUUGGAUUUGUAUGGAAAUUUUUAUGUGGGGAAUUCUAGAAGAAAGAGUUUAUUUUGUUAGUUGAAA